UAAACACAAACAGAUGCUAAAAGUUUACAAAACAAACGUGACCGCGCGUGGAUGUUCAUAUCCUUGCCAUAGUAUCUUUGCGAUCUCUGCAUUUAGGGUUCAGUGAUAAUAGAUUUUAUUGCCCAAUGGCACAGGCGACUGCUGUGAAUCAAUCAACUUUGCUACCACUUGAGUUGGUAGACAAAUGCAUCGGUUCCAGAAUUCAUAUAAUCAUGAAGAACGAUAAGGAAAUCGUUGGAACACUGUUGGGAUUUGACGACUUUGUCAAUAUGCUUCUGGACGAUGUAACUGAGUACGAGAACACUCCAGAGGGUCGACGGAUAACGAAACUGGAUCAGAUUCUGCUAAAUGGCAAUAAUAUAACUAUGCUGGUACCAGGAGGAGAUCUACCGGAUGCAUCAUAAACAUUGCAACGAGAAGGUACUGGAAGUGUAAGUUUUAAUUUCAAUUUUUUUCGUUCCAUUUUGAAAGAAAGUGAAUAAACUUGCAUAAACUGAAAA